UCUGUAAGUGUCCAUACAGUUCUGUGUGAUUUACUUUGUAUGUAAAAUCACAGUACAGUACUUUUAAUCAUACUAUGUGUCAGCGGUAUUUUGUUGCUGCUUGCUCUGUACUGCUUCUGUUUUGGAGUUUUCAUCAACUGGUGACAGAAGUUGACAGUCUCAAAACUCAGCAGGAUGAUACAAGCCAAUCCAACGACCCUAAUGAUGCUCAUCUGACGGGAGGAUCGGGCCGCUGCACAGGCCAACUUGAAUUAAAACAUCAAGGAAAAUGGAGAAUCGCAAAUAUGAGACAGGAAACCAGCACCACAGUCGCAUUUGCACAGGUGGCCUGCCGGCAGAUAGAUUGCGGCUCGUUUGUCUCCCUUCAACACAAAACCACAAAUGAUCCCCAGCCCUUUUGGGAGAUCAAUUUCUUUUGCCGUGGCUCCGAGUCUACCUUGAUGGAGUGUGACAACAUGAGAGGACGCAAAAGAGUCCAGGGAAGAAAUUCAACGUGGAACAUCCUGGAGGUGACCUGCUCAGAUUCAUUAAGGGUCGUGGAUCAUGACCUUUGCUCAGGCAAUUUGGAGGUGAAGACGCUUAAUGGCUGGGCUAGAGUGUGUGAGGAGGGCUUUGACUCGCAAGCUAAAAAGGUGGCGUGCAGGGAGCUCGGCUGUGGGCCUCCCUCAAGUGUUAGACUAUUUAGAAUAUUUAGUGGAGAAAGCCAAACAAGUUUGCCUUCAUCACAAAGGUUUCAGUGCAAAGGCAAUGAGAGUCGCCUGCAGGAUUGUGCUAGCACAGCCUAUAAAGACUGUCGACCAGCUCCUGUACUUCAAUGCGCAAACCUUCAGGAAUUCAGAGUGAUGGGAGGACAAAGCAACUGUGAUGGUACUGUCGAAGGGAAGGAUUACGGAGAGUGGCGACCGCUGGGAGGGUAUUACUGGGAAAAAGACCACUUUUCUGAGGUGUGCAAGCAGCUGGGCUGUGGUAGUCUCAUCUCGACAUCAAGACAUUUGCUUCCCAAAAGACAACCUGUCUGGGUGCCAGAUGGUUUCUGUGGAAAUGGAUUGUGUACUGAAUGGCGGGCGAGUAGAUCAGACCUGUUGAUUACCGUAGCUUGUUCAGAAAGUGUGCGACUCGUGGAUAGAAAAGACACGUGUUCGGGCAAUCUGAUGCUGAAGUCUGCUCAUACAUGGGAGUCUGUCUGUCACAAAGCCUUGAGUGCAGAAGAUGCUUUAGUCGUAUGUCGGGAACUGGGUUGUGGAUUUCCCCGAGAUUAUCAAAGCAGGAAGCCUAGUGCACAAGAUACACAACAGCGGAGUCCAGACUUUAAAUGCAAAGGCACAGAGGAGGUACUCACGAAAUGUCCCUCAUUCACAUUCAAUGCCACAGAAGGACAUUGUGGCAACUCAAUCUUUUCCUGCAUCGAUCGUCCAUUAGGACCUCACAUCUCCGUACAUAGCAUCCACGGUGAGAAAAAGAAUGAACUUCUCAAGGGCCAUCGCUUUGCCAUCAUCUGCAGACAACUUGGACCUUAUGCAAUACACUCCUUCCGCCUAAGAAAAGGAAUAUACACGAAUCACCCCAGCGUGUGGACAGAAAAAGCAACUGAUAAUUCUGCUAUCUUUUUGUUCCCUGCCUUAAAUGAUUCCCACAAGGGUGUCUACAACUGCGAUUUCAACUUUGAGCUCAGUUCAAGAAUAUUCUCUGAUACAAAUUCAUUACAUCUCACAGUCAAAGAACUGAAUGAUUUGAGGCUAAGGGAUGGAGGCAGCCAGUGCGCUGGUAGGCUGGAAGUGAAACACGACCAAGAGUGGAGACCAGUCAGUUACCAAAACAACUGGAGUCUGAGGGAAGCUGCCGUUGUAUGCCAACAGCUCCGGUGCAGUUCCGUCGUUUCAACCAGAAAAAUGGACACAUCGACAGAGCCUGUGCCUGUGUGGCGUUUUUAUUCUGAUUGUGAAGGGUCCGAGUCGGCACUAAUGGAUUGUGGGACCGUAAAGAUGACUUAUUCAUCCUCUAUUAUUGAAGUAGUUUGCGCAGGUGUCCUACCUCGACCAAAUAUAACUUUCUUCUCUGGCUACACUGAAGAGAAGCAGCAGGAGACGGUGAAUAUCCUCAAGGGCUACAGCUUCUUCAUUAAGUGCUCCGUGGAGCCACACUACCCUCAUGGUCACUUUAGUCUAAACUUCAGUGGCCUCUACCAGACUUUCAGUCAAAGUCAGCCAGCAGUCAACCACUCUGCUCGCUUCGUAUUUCAUACAGCACAAUUGGUGCAUACUGGAAACUUCACCUGUGUGUACCACAACUUUGUUUUCAGUCAGAACUUCACCUCCGUGAGCGAUAGUUGCUCUGUCACCGUCGAAGAUGAGUUGGACUUGAUAUUGGAUGAUGGCGUAAACACAGACAAUAACAGCAUCUCCUGUUCUGGAAAGCUCUUUGUGCGGCACGAGAAGGAGUUGCGGAUGCUAAGCUCAGAGUCGCCAUUGUGGGAUUUGAAGCAUGCUUCUGUGGUGUGUCGACAGCUAGGAUGUGGCGCUGCAGUCUCAACCAAUGCCACCUCUCUUCUCAACAAACAAGCUGUGUGGCGUCUCUUUUCAGACUGCGAUGGAGCGGAGUCUGCCCUGUUGGACUGUAGCACUGUUGCUCCAUGGUUUUCUUCCUCAGUUCUUGUAGUAACAUGUGCAGGUUAGUCUGGCCGUUAUUGUCAGUAAACCUAUCAGCGCACCUCAGAGCUCAUAAUUAAAAGAUGUAACUGCUAGCAAACCUUGUAGAAUUAUGAUUCCAUUCAAAAUUGCCUCGUUUUUGCAGCUCCUGAAAUAUGAUGUGGCAUUAUCUAACUUUUGUCAUGUCUUUACAGGUAAAAUAGAGUUAAAAAGGAAGUUCAGAAUUUUUGACAUCUGGCCUAAUCUUCGCGUUAGCGAGGGUUUAAUUUGUUGUUGGAGUUUCAACAAAUUCUGUGUAUUUUGUUAGUUAAUUGUUAGUUGGGUUAGUUGUUAGUCAAUUGGGUUGACUUAGCAUGCCAAUAAAAAACAACAUCCACACAUGAAAAUCAUCAAUGACCCAUGUAAUCAAUAAUGUUGGCUAUGUUUUUAGGAUAAACAUACCUGUCAACCCGAGACCGUUGACAAUCUUACAAAUAGUAAACGUAUGCCCUUACAAAUUGAUGACUAAUCUUACGUUAACAAGGUUCCCAGGGCUUUUGGAAGUGAAAACAGCCCCACAGCAUCACUGACCCACCCCCAUACUUCACAGUGGGUAUGAGGUUCUGUCUACACGCCAACAAGCUGUUUGGGAGGCAUGCACGGAGAAAACCUUUCCUUACUCACAAUCAUAAACGCAAACGUCUGGAGUUCGCCAAGCGGUAUUGGGGCUUCAACUGGGACUGUGUGCUUUGGUCAGAUGAGACCAAGAUUGAGCUUUUUGGCAACAAACACUGUGGGUCUGGCGUGCCACGAAAGAUGUGCAUGCUGAAAAGCACCUCAUACCCACUGUGAAGUAUGGGGGUGGGUCAGUGAUGCUGUGUGGAUGUUUCGCUUCCAAAGGCCCUGAGAACCUUGUUAGGGUGCAUGGCAUCAUGAAUGCUUUGAAAUACCAGGACAUUUUAAAUCAAAAUCUGUUGCCCUCUGCCCGAAAGCUGAAGAUGGGUCGUCACUGGGUCUUUCAGCAAGACAAUGACCCUAAACAUACGGCCAAAUCUACACAGAAAUGGUUCACCAGACACAAAAUCAAGCUCCUCCCAUGGCCAUCUCAAUCCCCAGACCUCCACCCCAUUGAAAACCUGUGGGGUGAGCUGAAGAGGAGAGUACAGAGGAGAGGACCCAGGUCUCUGGAUGAUUUAGAGAGAUUCUGCAAAGCGGAAUGACUGAAGAUCCCUCUUUCUGUCUUUUCCCAUCUUGUGAAACAUUAUAGGAGAAUAUUAGGUGCUGUUUUGUUGGCAAAAGGGGGUUGUACAAAGUAUUAACACCAGGGGUGCUAAUAUUUGUGACACACAUUAUUUGAUGUCAAAUAAUUAUUUCUUUAUGUGGGAUUUUUCCCCCACUGAAUAAAUGCUCUUGUAUUGAAGGUUGGAUUUUUUUUUUUCCAUUAAGGUCCCAUAUUAUUUAGAAAAAAUAUAUAUAUUAGAAGCUAAAAAACUAGGGCUGUCAAAAUUAUCGCGUUAACGGGCGGUAAUUAAUUUUUAAAAUUAAUCACGUUAAAAUAUUUGACGCAAUUAACACACAUGCCCUGCUCAGAUUAAAAUGACAGCAGUGUAAUGUCCACUUGUUACUUGUUUUUUGUUGUUUGGCGCCCUCUGCUGGCACUUGGGUCCAAAUGUUUUUAUGGGUUUGGGGAGUGAGCAUGGUGUAAUGACAUCAACAAUGGCGAGUUACUAGUUUAUUUUUUUGAUUGAAAUUUUUACAAAUUUUAAUAAAACGAAAACAUUAAGAGGGGUUUUAAUAUAAAAUUUCUAUAACUUGUACUAACAUUUAUCUUUUAAGAUUUACAAGUUUUUCUAUCCAUGGAUCGCUUUAAGAAAAUGUUAAUAAUGUUAAUGCCAUCUUGUUGAUUUAUUGCAGGGGUCGGCAACCUAUGACACGCGUGUCAGCACUGGCACGCGAAGGGUUAACCAGUGACACGCGAGCGCAUGGCAAAAUAAUAUAUAUAUAUAUUUUUUUUUAACCUGAAAUUAAGACAUUUUUAGUUGCACACCCUGUUAUUUAGGGCUUUACAGGAGCGUCCCUCCCGACCCCUCUGCCUAUACCGUUAUUUGCGAACAAUUAUGGAUUUUGAGCACACUUCCAGCUCUUCAAUUUCUCGAUUCCUGUGCUCGUCGUUUUUUUUUUUUCCUCUGCGCGCUCAAUUCUGCGCGCUCAAUUCAGCACCCGCUACUAACGAGUCACGAAGCCAACCAGUCAGAGAGCUGGUGGAAGUACACAGUGUUACCAAUCUGCACUUUUUGGUACUGUUACUCCAAGCCCCAGUGUGGAGGCCGGCGGGCCAGUAAGCGAGUAGACAGCCGGCGAAUCGCCGGCGUCUGCGCCGGGAGCCCCGUCGCUUUAACUUUGAAUUGAGAUCCCGAUGUCACACCCUCGCCCCGGCGCGUAGGCCGGUCGCUUAAGAUACGAGGCUGUACACCCCUGUCCCGGCGCAUCGCAACACUCCGGUUGGACCCCGAUUGCCAGCCGUCAGGUCAGGGCAGCGGGUGAAGCGAUGCUUGCACUGUAGUAUGGAGUGGACCGGCGAUUAACGUGGCUCGUUGCCGUCGAUUCGUCCGGUGCUUACUUCGGAGAGGUGGCAAUGUGUAUAAAAACACUGUGACGCGUUGGAUGGCGUUUUACUGGAGACUUUUAACAAAAACCAGCGGGGGACACAGCCUCUUCUCUCCUUUUCACGGCGCUCUCCGCUCUCUCUCAGCACCUUCCUUCGCUCCCUCUCUUUUUCUCGCCCAGACGCCCAAUUCUUCUUCUACGCUUAACUAGCAAGCCGAUCAUAUUGUAGGGGACAGCGGCCCCUUGGGGAUACCGGUAACAACUGGUUGCCUGGUUACUUCUGGUAGCUCUUUUUGUGCAUUAUGCCUCGAGAGAGUUGUGUGUCGCACAACAAGUGUCAAACGCCACUAUGAGACAAAACAUGAAAAUUCAUAGAAAGCAGGGCCAAGGAACACAUUAAAGUAGGUAUCUUUUAUAUUUGUAAUAUAAAAUCUAAAAUUGUGCAUAUAAUUCACUGUUUAAGUUGCUAGUGAACAAGACAAAUUGUAAGAGUCGGCUGUUCUGACUUUGAAGGCUCUCUGUACUGUGAGAGACCUGCACUGAGAAUCACACCUGUUCCCCUUUGCGUGCUGGGGUGUGUGUGUGUGAUAUGUUUGCAUAAAAUGGUGCAGCUGUACAGCUGUUAUUACUGUUGCACUUAUUUUCAAGUUUUGAUAUUUUCGACAAUAUGCAUUAGUUUUUAGUUAAUUGAUGAAGACGAAUGGUAGUUAUACAAAUUAGAUGUAUGUCCAUGUUUUUUUUGUUUGGAGUAAAAUUCCAGCUCUGCUGAAUAUAAAAAUUCGGUUGCGCGUCAUAAAUCUUGGGGUGGCACACUGAUUGACAAGAAAAUUUGAAAGUGGCACUCCACACCAAAAAGGUUGCUGACCCGAUUUAUUGUUAUAAACAAAUACAGUACUUAAGUACCGUAUGUUGAAUGUAUAUAUCCGUCUUGUGUCUUAUCUUUUCAUUCCAACAAUAAUUUACAGAAAAAUAUGGCAUAUUUGAAAGAUGGUUUGAAUUGCGAUUAAUUACGAUUAAUUUUUAAGCUGUAAUUAACUCGAUUAAAAAUUUUAAUCGUUUGACAGCCCUAUAAAAAACAUAAUUAUCAUAAAUCCAAUAAUUAUGGAGGGCACUGUAUAUUUUUUAAACCACUGUAGCUCUUCAGGCAUAGAGGUAUUGACAGGAUAUGCCAGUUGUAGUCAACACGGGUGGCAGGUUGUCGGCUAUAUUGGAUUCAGAGGAUAUUUACUUGCUGUUACACCAACUGACCACUGAAUUGACCUCAAAUGAGUAUGGCAGCAGAGGGCACUCUUGAGGUUGUUAUGCAGUUAAACCUUAGAUACCAAUGCGUUCAAGAGACGUUUCAGUAGCUGUUUAUGUUGUAACCACGAUGCACCAGAGGGUUAAGCCAAAGAAAUAUCAAAAUAAUAACUGAAUUACGACGUGUGAAAAAAAAAUUACAGAAAUGAAGCAUCAUUCUUCCAAAGAGGAUGAGGGCCCUCUAGUGGAGUUGAAUAAUGAUUAUAUCCUUUAUAGUUACUAUUAUGAAAUUAAAAGGAUCAUAUCUAGAGGUGUGCAAAAUUUCCGUUUCUUAGAUUAUUCGUCAUUUGGCCGUGGAAGAUUCGAGAACGAUUCACAAACAUCCAAAUUCCGAUUACUGAAAUAUGCCAAGUAAAGCGGAAGUACAACACACUCAGCGCGCCGCGCGGUCUUUGGAACGGAGCGAGAGUAGCUAAAUAUCAUGCUUGUCAUUAAUGCUCAACUCACGGCUCUAGCUCAACUCAUGCCACGAGAUAAAAAAACACAACAUACCUGACUGCUGCCGAAAAGCUGCUACAAAGUACAUCCACAUAAUGUUAUGGUAGAUAUCAUUUAUAUAGGACUAGAUGCAAUAUAGAUUCGGUAGCGUUAGCAGCACAAAUACAAAAAGCUAGAUACGGUCGUUAGUAAACGGCCGCCAUCUUAAAGCAGUACACUUCCCUGCAAGGCUGUUGUAACGACCUUCAAAGCGAACCUAAUUAACUUUUUAUCUAAAAUACAGCUAAAUCGGUAAAAUAUUGACUUGAAUCUAUCUUUAAAAUAGUUUUAAAACUUUCACAUGUUGAAAGUAGACAAAAGGGAAAUUAUGGAAUAACGGGAGCAAUUUUAACAACUUUAACUGUUGAUUCACAACAUUAAAUUAAUUCAAUGUAGUUUAAAGCUGCUGAUACAGAAUGGUGACUGGGGCUUUUUAUUUAGCCUACUGUUAUUUUUGUAUAUUUGUUUACUGUUAUAUGUUAACAUGAUACUGAAAUAGUAGUUUGGUUUAGCCUGAGAGUAUUUUUGAACAAUUUUGGAACUAAUCUACAAAACAUUAAAAAAAAAAAAAAAAAAAAAAAUUUUAAAAAGGAGGGGGGUGUAUCAAUAAUCGUUUAAUAAUCGAAUCGGAGCCUCUGAAUCGUAAUCGAAUCGUUAGGUGUCCAAAGAUUCCCAGCUCUAAUCGUAUCUCCGGUUUUCCGUGCUCAAUCGGUGCCAAAUAAAAACUGGGAGAGAGAUUAAAAUCUGCGCUUUAAAGUCAUGCUGAUGUCAAAUACUUUACAGUGCUUUAAAGAGAGCACGUGAUUGAACAGAUUGGCGUGAUCAUAAAACGGCAAGCUUGAGUCUGAUUGUUAUAAUGGAAUCAUGAGAUUAUUGUUGCAACGUCUCAUUGGUGAAACUAGUAGAGCCACUGUCAGCAUCUCUGGCAAAAAAGCAGAAAUAGAUAAAAAUGUAACGACUCUAGUGUAGCCCAACGUCGCGGAGUAAGAAUAGCGUUUCUUUUUCACAAAACUACACAAGUAAAAAGUAUGGUUUAAUAAACUACUCUUAGACGAACAUUUUUCUCACAAAGUUACUUAAGUAAAUGUAAUGCAUUACUACCCACUUCUGCUAUCCACUCCUAAUUAUUGCUUACUACAUACUAUUGGUUUCAUUGCACCAAAAGAACUGGACAAGACAACUAUGUACUUUUUAUAUAAUAGAAAUAAUUUUUAAUUUUAACGUUCAACAUAAGCAUAACUGUAAACAAUAUUUUAGAUUAGAAAAGCAUAUUUCAAUACAAUUUAAACACAACUCAUGUUAUCAGACACACAAAGGAUUAAAAUGACUCAAUUAUAUCAUACACACAUACACGCACACACGCACACUCUUCAUCAAGUGUGGGCUGGAUUGGAUUGAAGCCACAGAAACUUCUACCUGGACGAGUCAGAGAUCCUGCGAAGGACAGUAUAUAUUGUUUUAGAAACUGAAUGAAUGCAGCCCUGAAACAAACACGAUUCAAAAUAGUGAUGCUACUGGGGCUGAGAAAUUUUAAGAACUUCACCCUUCUGCACCUCUGUUAAAGUUGACCCCCAAUCAGACACAAAUGUAUUAAAAAAAAAAAAAAAUUACCAUUCGUUUGUGCUGAAAAAAUGUCAUUUGUGCUGCUAUCGUUUUUGAGAUAUUAACAAUUCUUUUUUACACUGCUGGCCAAAAGUAUUGGCACAUCAGAUAAAAUUCAAUUUCUCCCAGAAAAUGAUUGCAAUUACAAAUGUUUUGGUAGUAACAUCUUCAUUUAUUUUGCUUGCAAUCAAAAAACACAAAAGGGAAUGGAAAAAAACAAAAACAAAUAAAUCAUUAUCAUUUUACACAAAGCUCCAAAAAUGGGCCGGACAAACCCUUUGAAAAAUCAUAUGAUGCUUCUCUAAUUUGUGUAAUUAACAGCAACUGUUACUUACCCGUGGCACAUAACAGGUGGUGGCAAUAAUUAAUUACACUUGCAGCCAGUUAAAAAGGAUUAAAGUUGACUCAACGUCUGUCCUGUGUCUUUGUGUGCACAUUGAGCAAGGAGAAAAGAAAGAAAACCAAAGAACUGUCAGAAGACUUGAGAAGCAAAAUUGUGAGGAAACAUGGGCAAUCUCAAGGCUACAGGUCCAUCUCCAAAGACCUGAAUCUUCCUGUGUCUACCGUGCGCAGUGUCGUCAAUAAGUUUAAAGCCCAUGGCACUGUGGCUAACCUCCCUAGAUGUGGACGGAAAAGAAAAAUUGACGAAAGAUUUCAACAAAAGAUUGUGCGGAUGGUGGAUAAAGAACCUCGACAAACAUCCAAGCAAGUUCAAGCUGUCCUGCAGUCCGAGGGUACAACAGUGUCAACCCGUACUAUCCGUCGGCAUCUGAAUGAAAAGGGACUCUAUGGUAGGAUACCAAGGAAGACCCCACUCCUGACCCAGAGACAUAAAAAAGCCAGGCUGGAGUUUUCCAAAACAUACCAAAGAAAGCUUAAAACGUUUUGAAAGAAUGUUCUCUGGUCAGAAGAGCAAGAACAAAAGUUGAGCUUUUUGGGAAAAGGCAUCGACAGAGUUUACAGGAAAAAAACGAGGCCUUCAAAGACAAGAGCACGCUCCCCACAGUCAAACAUGGCUGAGGUUUCCUGAUGUUUUGGGGUUGCUUUGCUACCUCUGGCACUAGACUGCUUGACCGUGUGCAUGGCAUUAUGAAAUCUGAAGACUACCAACAAAUUUUGCAGCAUAAUGUAGGCCCCAAUGUGAAAAAGCUGAGUCUCCCUCAGAGGUCAUGUGUCUUCCAGUAGGACAGUGACCCAAACUACACUUCAAAAAGCACUAGAAAAUGGUUUGAGAGAAAGCACUGGGACUUCUAAAGUGGCCAGAAAUGAGUCCAGACCUGAAUCCCAUAGAACACCUGCGGAGAGAUUUGAAAAUGGCAGGUUGAAGAAGGCACCCUUAGAACCUCAGAGACCUGGAGCAGUUGGCCAUACAAGAAUGGUCUAAAAUUCCAGCAGAGCAUUGUAAGAAACUCAGUGAUGGAUACUGGAAAUGGUUGUUCGCAGUUAUUUCGUCUAAAGGUUGUGCUACCAAGUAUUAGGCUGAGGGUGCCAAUACUAUUGUCCGGCCCAUUUUUGGAGUUUUGUGUAAAAUGAUAAUGAUUUUUUUUCAUACUCUUUUGUGUUUUUCUCAUUGCAAGCAAAAUAAAUGAAGAUAUUACUACCAAAGCAUUUGUAAUUGUAAUCAUUUUCUGGGAGAAAUUGAACAUUAUCUGACAGAAUAGUAGGGGUGCCAAUACUUUUGGCCAGCAGUGUAGGUCAAUCUGAUGUCCCCCAGCUCCCAAUUUAGAUGAAAAAGGCUAAUAAUGGUGUCAAUCAAUGUGCUGCUAUUGUUUUUAAAAUAUUAAUUUCAAGUGAUGACGUCACGCAGCCCCCCACUUACAGUGGGGCAAAUAAGUAUUUAGUCAACCACUAAUUGUGCACGUUCUUGUAAUUGUCAACAUGGGUAAACCUCAACCAUGAGAGACAGAUGUGGGGGGGGGGAAAAAAAAUCACAUUGUUUGAUUUUUAAAGAAUUUAUUUGCAAAUCAUGGGGGAAAAUAAGUAUUUGGUCAAUACCAAAAGUUCAUCUAAAUACUUUGUUAUGCACCCUAUGUUGGCAAUAACGGAGGCCAAACAUUUUCUGUAACUCUUCACAAGCUUUGCACACACUGUUGCUGGUAUUUUGGCCCAUUCCUCCAUGCAGAUCUCUAGAGCAGUGAUGUUUUGGGGCUGUCGUUGGGCAACAUGGAGUUUCAACUCCCUCCACAGAUUUUCUAUUGGGUUGAGAUCUGGAGACUGGCUAGGCCACUCCAGGACCUUGAAAUGCUUCUUACGAAGCAACUCCUUUGUUGCCCUGGCUGUGUGUUUGGGAUCAUUGUCAUGCUGAAAGACCCAGCCACGUCUCGUCUUCAAAAACCCUUGCUGAUGGAAGGAGAUUUUCAUUCAAAAUCGCUCAAUACAUGGCCUUUGGCCCCAUUCAUUCUUUCCUAUACGUUUAGGUUCACUAGGUCCCCCCAUGUGGUUUUGGGAUUUUUGCUCACCGUUCUUGUUAUCAUUUUGAAGCCACGGGGUGAGAUCUUGCAUGGAGCCCCAGCUCGAGGGAGAUUAUCAGUGGUCUUGUAUAGCUUCCAUUUUCGAAUAAUUGCUCCCAGAGUUGAUUUCUUUACACCAAGCGUUUUACCUAUUGCAGAUUCAGUCUCCCCAGGCUGGUGCAGGUCUACAAUUUUGUCUCUGGUGUCUUUCGAACCCUCUUUGUUCUUGGCCAUAGUGGAGUUUGGUGUGUGUGACUGACUGAGGUUGUCCACAGGUGUCUUUUAUACCGAUAAUGAGUUAAAACAGGUGCCAUUAAUACAGGUAACGAGUGGAGCCUCGUUAGACCUCUUUGACAGCCAGAAAUCUUGCUUGCUUUUACCUACAAACAAGCAAGAUACCAAAUACUUAUUUUCCACUCUAAUUUGGAAAUAAAUUCUUUAAAAAUCAAACAAUGUGAUUUUCUGUUUUUUUUUUCCCACAUUCUGUCUCUCAUGAUUGAGGUUUACCCAUGUUGACAAUUACAGGCCUCUCUAAUCUUUUCAAGUCGGAGAACUUGCACAAUUGGUGGUUAACUAAAUACUUAUUUGCCCCACUGUAUUGCAAGAUGGACCCGAAAUGGUGCCAUUCGUUUAUGCUACGUUUCUGCUGUUAAAUUUUUUGUUUGUGCUGCUAUCGUUUUAUAACUACUGAUUAAUUUCGAGUGAUGACGCAAAUCACAGCACCUCCGUCGCGGCUGAUGAAGCGUACCAACUCUCUCACUAACAGAGGGGUGUCCCAACAACUAGGGC